AUGUCUGCCAAAACAUGUUUGACAUUAGCCCUCUGUGGCCUUGUGAUGGCUGAUCUCGCCCCGAGACAAACCCAGGCGCCAACCACAACAGCACAGGCUCAGGUCACUGCCAUCACUGGCUGCCAUCUUCAUGCAUCCGAUUUAUAUUGCUUUGCUGGCACGGCAGAGUACAAAAUCAAGACGACAGUGACAGCCACAACCUCCCUCCCAGCGCAAUACACAGACUGCCAUUCUCAUGGCGCAAGUUUUUACUGCGUCGACGAAAGCGGAGAGGAUGUCCAAGCUGAAAGCGAAUCUGGCUCUGAGGAGACUGAAGAGACCCAUGAACAUGAAGAGGAGGAAACUACUAACAAUAAUCAGCACUGCCACUUUCAUGCCGGAGUUGAGCACUGUACUGGGGGUAGUGAGGAAGAGGAGAGCUCUGGCUCAAGCUCGAGCUCAUCCUGUACAACCACCUCCCGGGAUUACAACAUCGGCCUUCGAGUCGGUCUGCUAUUUGUCAUCCUUGCUACAAGCUCACUAGGCGUCUUCGGUCCCAUCUUGAUGCACAAACUCUUCCAAAAUAAGCUCAACUUGCUGUUUGUAGGGCUAAAACAGUUUGGUACCGGUAUCAUUCUUUCGACUGCUUUCAUUCACCUGUACACUCAUGCAUCGAUGAUGUUUAGCAAUGACUGCGUUGGUGAACUUGAAUACGAAGGUGUCACAUCAGCUAUCGUCAUGGCUGGUAUUUUCCUCUCAUUCCUUGUUGAGUACGUUGGGCAUCGCAUCGUUCAAUCCAAAAUUCGAUCCGAAGCAGCGCUCAGCCCCCAAGAAAAGAGCAAGGCCUUGAUCUCGAGCGAGGUCGUGAGUAUCACGGUAAUGGAAGCCGGUAUUCUAUUCCACUCACUGUUAAUCGGUCUCACCCUUGUCGUUGCUGGCGACAGUUUCUUUCUGACCCUCUUCGUCGUGAUUCUUUUCCAUCAAGUAUUCGAGGGUCUUGCAUUAGGAACCCGAAUCGCUACAAUUGGAACUCGUGACGAUCCAGAGCUUCACUCUGUGGAAAGUGGCGGGGUUUUGGGUCCUAAUGAGAACAAAGCUGCUCAAGCAGAGAGCUCCUCCGAAACAUCCGAGACCGUCCCUGUAGGACUGAGCAUGAAGAAGAAACUGCUUCUCGCUUCCUGCUUCGCGUUCAUCACCCCAAUUGGUAUGGCCAUUGGCAUCGGUGUUCUUAAACAGUUCAACGGCAAUGAUAAGUCGACACUCAUUGCUAUUGGUACACUUGAUGCACUUUCUGCUGGCAUGCUCGUCUGGGUCGGUCUGGUUGAGAUGUGGGCCGCGGACUGGGUGACGGGUUCUCAUGGCCGUAAGGCUGAGCUCGCUGAUGCUAAUGUCAUCACCACUUGCGUGGCAUUCUUCGGUCUAAUUAGCGGUUUGGUCCUCAUGAGUGUUCUAGGUAAAUGGGCAUAA